AUGGGGGGACGCUCUGCUCUAGCAAGAAGGUCAAAGAGAGUCAUCCUUGCGGAUGAAUGCAGGAACCAGUUGCUGGAAGGGAUUCAACAGGUCGCAAAUGCCGUUCGUGUAACUCUGGGCCCUCGAGGGCGCAACAUCUUACUGGAGAAGGACUAUGGCCCCCCGCUGAUUGUGAACGAUGGGGUUACCAUUGCACGCAAUAUUGAACUUCCUAAUAGGGCACACAAUGCUGGGGCGAAACUCGUGCAAGAAGUGGCGUCUACGUCUGAUGAGUGGGCAGGGGAUGGUACAUCUUCCACGACAAUCCUUACUGCGGAGAUUGCGAAGAAGGGUGUUGAGUACGUGAACCAGGGACACAACCCAAUCCCGUUGCAGCGUGGCAUUCAAAAAGCUGCGCGCAUCAUGAUGGAUGAAGUGAGGAAACUUGCAAAGCCUGUCAACGGCUUCGGCGAUCUGCUUAACAUCGCAACUGUGGCGACCAGCGGGAAUGCGUCGAUGGGCGAAGUAAUUGCGAAAGCAUUUGACAAACUGGGCAACCACGCCGCCAUCGUCCUAGAAAACAAUCCGUCGCAGGAGGAUAAUCUUGAAUUCACAGAGGGAUACACGUUCGAGAGGGGGUACAGCUCGCCUUACUUCUUGUUAGGAGAAGAAGCAGACUUUAUCGAGUGGAAGAAUCCUCACGUCAUGGUGUGCGAUUACAAGAUUGAAAGUGCUCAAGCUAUGCUUCCAAUUCUAGAGCAUUUUGUGCGAACCAAGGAACCUUUGGUCAUCAUUGCUGAGGACUUUUCCACAGAUAUGCUUCAGACCUGCAUCAUUAACA